UAUGGCUACGAAUCAACGAAAACUUCUUCCCCUCAUCGUUUUGUCUUUAUUAUCGUAGAUCAAUCUCAAAGAUUCUCGUCGAAAGUAUUAUCAUUUAACGAUAAAUCUUUUCGACGUGUGAUUAACAUGUUUCAUUGAAUUAUCUUAUUAUUAAAAUUUAUUAGUUUAAUUGUGAUCCAAACCAAUUUGACAUACUUGUAUACAGUGUGCAAUAAGUUUUCUAGUUCAAGUGGAUUUAUACGAUGGGAACUAGAUUUGCAGCCUACAGUUUAAAACUGACUAGUCUACAUGAUUAUUAUCAACGGCUACUUCACGGGACUCAGCCGAUGCCUUCUGGCUUGGACAUUGCAAACACACUAAAAUAUUUUUCUCAAACUUUACUAUCUCUGUUAAAAGAAGUACGCGAAAUGCCAUUUGAGAUGCUCAAGUCGCAGCAGUUUGAUGGAGAACGAAUGGCAUUGUAUCCAAAUUUGGAUUAUAAACAACUUUAUAAUGCGUUAACGCAACUUAUUGAUGUUGUACCAUUGAUCCACAUAGGCUUGCAAGCAUUUGGAAAAGCUUUAUUGCAAUGUCUAGCAUGCCUGCUGCCAUUCCUCGAUCAUGAUCUAAUUGACAAUUUAUCAUAUUUAACUGCUAGCACAAUAUCAGUACUUCCUAUGGAAUUGCAUGAAGAAAUCGUCAAUUACCUCUGUUUUUACAUUUUGCCAUUUACUAUCACGAGAAAAGUUGAAGCUAGUGACAACAAUGCUGCUAGUCAGUCAGUAGCUGCUGUUAUAAUGAUGGUGUUUCAAUAUUCUAAUAAUCCAGCACAUCACUGUCAACUGCUGGAAUGUCUGAUGGCUUUGAAACCAGGAGUUGUAAAAGAUAUACUUUGCGUCAUCGCUUAUGGUACUGCACCAGCGAGAGCAUCGGCUGCGAAAUUGCUCUUUUAUUACUGGCCGUCAUUUAAUCCAAAUUUAUUUGACCGCCGUGCUGUAUUGGUAAAAUUUGCGAAUGAUCUCACUCCGUUUGUAUGUCAACGGGAUAGUUGUCCCAAUGCUGGCAAUGCGGAAGCUGGUAAAGUUUGUUAUGAUCAUCGCAUUUCCAUUAUAUUUGCCACUGAAUCUCCGCCACCUCUCUAUCUUUGUAUCGAAUGCGCGAACGAGAUCCAUCGAGAGCAUCCGAAUCAAAUGUUUAACGAUAUUUUACAUCCAAUGCAACAGGUAUCCAUGGUUUGUGAAAAUAAGAAUUGUAGAGCAGCUGAUAAAUCGGCCAUUAGCAUUUGUUUUUCGACCGAAUGCGCGAGUUACAAUGGAAAUCAUCCUAUACGAUAUUGUCAGCAAUGUCACAAUAUUCGUCACAAUAAUCGUCGUGGUGGUGAUCAUGUUUAUCAUAUGGCGCUUCCACACAUCUCGCAACUGGAUUCGCAAGCGCAAACUUAUAUGGUUCAAGCGAUCGUCAGUUUGCUUAAGGAAGCUGAACCGCAAAAUAUCGAUAGUAAUCGGGAUAUAACGGAAAUGAGUGCUGUCAACAAGGGAGGCAUAGGAUUCCCAGGAGGAGGUGUAGGCGGCGGUGGUGGAGCUGUUGGAAGUACUUUUGGAAGUCACUGCGAUCCUACGAGUUUAGAAGAGCGACAACUUCUCGGCAGAUAUGGCGUAUGGCUGCUUGUGGGACUUUGUACUCCUAAUGAGGAUACUCCGGUUGAAAUACUGGGCCGUUUAUUGUCAAUGUUAUUUCAUUGGUUUCAUGUCACUGCCUACUGUUUCGAUGGUAUUGAAAAAAGACUUAUACACCUUAUCUUUUCUGUUGGCCAAGCAGAAAGCGCGCUCGAGAAAUUAAAAACAGAACACGUUUGUGGCUGGCUUUCGGAAGUUAUGAAGACGCAUUAUGAAGUAUUCAUUUCCUGUCUUUUACCGCAUCCUGCGGAUUAUGUCAGGGUUGGGGGUCACUGGGAAACCUUAGCUUCACGAACGUCACAUUUGAAAGACGGAUUACAUCGAUUAUUCUGUUUGGUACCGUACGAAGUGAUUACGCCCGAUGUAUGGGAUUAUGUGAUGCCGCAUUGGAUGGAAGCAGUAGUAAAUGAUGUUCCCGAACAUGAACUUCAAGAGUUAAAAAUAAUAUUGAGUAAAAUUUUGGAUCGAGACAUGAAUUCUUUGGGAUUUGACACGAAGAAGAUGUACAACUUCGUAGCGAAGCGAUUUGUUAAUACAAGCGCAAAAAUACAAGAACAGGCCCUUAAUUGGUUGCAGACGCUUACUAUGCUGGAAAUAACAAUGCCCCUAGACCAAUUGUUUUCAAUAUUCAGUGAUGGAGUUACCGUGAUGCAAUCGAUGAGUUGUGCAGAAUCAGAGCUAAAACCAAGCAAAUCUACAAAGGAAAACGAUGGAAAUAUUACAUGUUCCAUGGUGGAAAAUGAUUCGGGAAAGUCGACACCACUUUCUGAUGAUAUGGUACCAACAUCAAGACAUAUGGAAUUUUCGACAAACGCUGAACUUAAUUUAUCUUGUUGUAUUCUUAUGCUUGAUAUAUUAUUGAAACAGAUGGAGCUUCAAAAUAUGGAUAAGCAUACUGGAAUUAAUACAUGGAUUUGCAGAGAUGCUUGUCGUUUAAUGAAAUCCAUAGUUGCAUCUAAUUGGCACAACUGUCAUAUAUGCGAUGCGUCAGACACCGAAUGCACUUAUUGCGAAUCGAGGGUGAUUUGGCAUCAAUUGUGUUUGCAAUUGAUUACAUACAUGGCUCCGGAAAAUCCGGCGUAUCCUCCUGAUACAAUUGUAGAUGAGACUGUAGAAGAUCAUGGCCGUAAGAGCUCACCGGAAACGACAAAAAAGAGUGAUUCAAAACCGGAUGUAGUUAUCAACAUGCCGGUGCCGGAAAUGCAUUCUGUAGGCGGAGUUUUAGUUCAUAUGCCACACUUUUUCGAACAGAUUAUGACAGCCACAGUAGAGACAGUUUCGGAACAGCUGGAUCUUGCAGCUAUAAUGCCAACAGAAAAGGUCAUGUCCGCUGUCGCGAGAACGGUUACGUUAUCAGAAACUGAUGUUGCAACUGCAACGGUAAGCGUGGCAAAACCUCAUUUGAUUGGCGAAAACGAUGAGCCUGUGAACCUAAGUCCAGAAGCUGAUUUAGAUGAUUUUUGGCAUACCUCUGUAGGGAAGUUUCGUUUUACGAUAGAAGAAUUGCCAGAACAACUUCAAUACAUUCAUAAACUAUUGAAGGAGAUAAUGACAAUCGAUAAACCUGAUAUUCUUUACUAUAUGUUACAAUGCUUGAACAUAAUGUGCUUAUACGGCGAUGCGUUUAACAUGGCGGUGAAGGAUCAUCAAGGAUUCUUUAUAUGGUGCCAGGAAAACUUGUUAAUAAAAAAUUUAUGGGAGCUCCUAAAUGCAGAGUAUUCGCAUAUAGCACAAGUGACUAUUCCAUUAUUACUACAUUGUGUGACAUUACCUUGUGGCACUGAUACUUUUUGGCGGCUUGUACAAGAAGAAUUUCACAAUUCUGAUUGGCGCGUUAGAUUUGUCGCAGUUGAACGUGUUACGUUAAUUGCAAGAUUUAUGGACUCAACGCCAUUACGGAACAUAUUGAGUCUUCAAGCUGCAUUAGCAAAUGCUUUUUGUUAUUUGAUUACAAGUAUGGAUGAUAAUAAUGUGUAUGUUGCACAACGUGCAACCUUAUAUCUUGGAACUAUUCAUGAUGCAGCAAUUAGGUCGUUAAUUUUAUGUCUGGAGACACAAUUCGAUUCCGUAAUCGUAGAUCGGCCGAUGGUAUUACAAUCGCUUUACCAACUACACAACAGUCUUAGUGAUCGUCGUAUUUUAACAUGGGAAUUUUUCUUAAAUCGAUUCGAUACAUUAUUCCUCGAAGCCCAAAUCAGUUUGGAGAAAUCGGGAGAUAUAGCUUAUUUGCGCGAUCUAAAAAAUACAGAUUUAAAUAGCGAAGUGUUUAUGAAGAAAUUGCAUCGCGCGCACGAAGCACUAUCUCAAUCUGAUGGUAGCGGGACAAGCUCUGUAAAAACGCUGAGCGCAAGUUUUGGCACAAAAUGGCCAUAUAAACGUACAAUGUCCGCGCCCGCAUCGAUGAUACCUCGACAAGAUACUAAACAAGAAAAGGAAAAGGUGUACAGCCGACAAUAUUCCGCGCCCAUCUUGAAAAGGAAGAGCUCGAGAUUUGGACUGGGUCAGUUAUUGGGGUCUACCCCACCUAAUAACAGUAUCCCAGAUGGUCAUAUACAUUCACUGAACAUGGUCGAUGAAGCAAGCGCAUUACCAGGAUACACGCAUAAAAUUGUGGAUCUUGAAGAAGCAGAUAAAGAAACGAUGCAUCUGCUAAUUUUUCUGUUGAUGCAAUUUCUUUCGAGACAAGAUCAGGCUUAUCCAACGGAUGAGAAGCCACUAUCGAAAACACAGGGUAUAGUUUUGCGACACUUGUAUCUUCUUUUAGGAUAUAAUCAGACUGAACGCACUUUCCAUACUUCUCCACAACGUCUAAGGCUGUCACCAGUGUUUAACGUUUUUAUCGCCAACUUACCACAACUCUUAGAUCAGAAUCAUGUUAUGGGUUGGGUAAUGACGCCACCAGUUUUGGCAAUAUUACAACAUUGCCCGUGCCCUCCACAAUCUAUACCUCCCACUGAUCAUCAACCACCGAGUUACAGUCUUUGGUAUUUGGAGCCACACAUCAGGCGAUCUUGGUUGAUGUCUCUGCUUGUUAUUUUAUAUAAGUGUCAGUAUGGGCAACAACCAUGGUGUAAUCAACUUCAAGCAUUAGUGAAAAUAGUGUUGAAUACGCUCGACAUGCAGCAUCAUCAAUGUAAAAGAAUUCCAGCGACUGUAGUUAUGGCUGCGCCACCUUCCAGAUCACGUGAUGUAUCUCAACCCUCACUCGGAAUGGAGCACGAAUUGACAACGAAUGCAAUGGGAGAGAUGGAUACGGAAACUCCGCCAAUGCGCGCAUCAAUGGUCUCAGUGCAUCAACGGAGUCCUGGAGGGAUACACGGACAAAUGGAGACACAUUGGGAAGAAAAUAAUGGUCCAGCCUGUCGUUAUUUCAACAAACAUUUUACUAGCUAUUCGAUUAAUGCGGAUGAUACGGAGUCCGAGUUGGCCGCGAUUCCUGAAAGUCCCAAAUCUGACAGCACCUUACAUGAUAGCAGCGGAGGAUCUCUCGGCGAAUUAGAGGAUACAGUUCCGCAAAAUAUAUUUCUUCAAGAGCCACGUACGAUUACAUCGGAAGGAAAAAGUACAACUGAAUCAAAUAAUCGAAACAUUAAUAAGUCGAAAACAGAAUCUCUGACAAAACCUAUAUGGUUUUUAGGAAACGAAGACGAAGUUUAUCAGGGAAAUAAAAGUGGCUCUCAAAAAAAAUGGAGUGUGUAUGAAGGAGUAAAAAUGAUGGUAACAGGCACUUUUCUAACUGGACAACAAGAACUUCCAAAAUUCCAAUCUAAAACAACUGUUAUGCCAUCGCUAAAGAAUGAAAAAAAAGAACACUUGCCAUAUAAUGGAGAUACUAUUUCAUCAAAACCAUUUAAUCUGUCAAGCGCCUUAGCUGUUGCUACGAGCAUUUCUCAGAUCCAAAGGUCUGAUUACCAGAUCGGAUUACCAAAGGGAAAAGAGAAGGAGAAAGAAAGAGAGAAUGAAAAAGAGAGAGAGAAAGAAAAGGAUAAAGAAAAGGACAAAGAAAAUAAAAAGGAGAAAGAGAAAGAAAAGGAGGAAGAUAAAACGUUUGUAAAAAUUGCAGGCACUGUCAACAAUUUGGAAUCACUGAAUGCAAAGCAUUUAGGUAGACAAAAGCAUGUGGAACAAAUCACAAUUACAGCAACAUCGCCAGUUUCACCUUGUCAAGUGAUUACAGUGACCAACAGCGAUCAUUCGAGUUCACCAGCACUGAGUUCUUCUAUAUCAUCACAAAUCAUAAGUAUGGAGAAUGGACAACAAACAGGUGUCUUUCCAGUUAGUCCACAACCCUUGAUGACUACUCCAACAGUCGAAAGAUUAUUGCCCAUUGGUACAAUAGUUCGCGCAACUGGAUCGCGAACUGCGCAACGUGUACUAAAAUGCGAAGAUACAUAUGGCUCCCCGGAAUCACCAUUAUCAAAAAUGGAUAUUUUGACAGUCAGUUCUUCAUUUGAACAAGAUAGCGAGACUUGCAUGUCCAGCGACAUUACGAGUCCACAUAGCGUUUCUCAGCUAGAGUUUCCAACGCCGGAACGAUUGCUACCGGUUGGCGGUCCUUACAGAGAUUUCCCCAGUCUAGUCGAACGAGUACGUCAUGCUCUCGAUAUCUCGGUUAUUGAAGAUACAAAUAAAUCGAAUGAUAAUUGGAAACACGAUACUCGUGAUGUGAUACUCACGAAGCAGGAUAGCGGAACAUCCGAAAAUAUGUCAGCGUCACUUGUACCGACAUGCAAUGAAAUUAAUUCGAGUAGAUCACCAAGUCCGAGAAGAUUGAUUAAACAAGUUGCUCUGGAAUCAUCGCCACCAGCGGUUGAUACCGGAGAUUUUCUCUCGAAAGUAGCAGAUUACGAUCAGAAGAUUAAAUCGAGAGAUCAAUUUCGUAUUCAACGUGACAGGAUACGGAAGAUCACAACUACAACGGAACAAGAUGCGAUUACUCAUGCGAGACGGACAGAGUCCUGGUCUGGCCCACAAGUUCAACAAAAUUUAGACUUUGUCUCUCAACAAGCAUAUCAUGCAGAUUUCAAUUUAAAGCAGAGCUUAUUUCGCAUUGGUGACGAUUGCGUUUAUGAUAGGUGCUCAGAAUGCGGAACGAUCAAGGAAGAGUAUUCCGAUGAAGAGCUUGGAUUGUGUAUAAUAACCUUGGGAACGUUUAUUCAUCGAGAACCAUCUUUAGCAGCACCAUUAUUACCGGAAAUACUCGGCGUAGUUACCAAAGUUGGGCUUAACGCAAUGUAUCCUUGGCAAAGCGAAACUAAUAUGCAUCUACCAGGUGGUGCGGUUAGCGUAGCGCAUCAAUUUCUUAGAUGCGUUCUUCAUCAAUUAGCACCUAAUGGAGUAUUUAUGCAAAUGUUUCAAACUCAUUUAAAUGAGACGACAAGAUUACAAUUUUUCAAAAGUGUCGCGCAAGCUUUAGUCGAUUUUAACGAAUUAAAUCCCAUUGCGCCUUUGCAAUUAUUGCUCGAGACACUAAAUAUGAAAAAAUCAUUACCAUUGGAACGGCUACCGAUAAUAUUAUAUAAUAUUGCGUGUUACUUGGAUUGUUUACCAUUGGAAGCAGGAUUGGGUCCUGGUGCAGCCACGUGGAGUGGGUUGUUGGCACAAUUUGAUGGAUUAUUUCGAAGACUCGUUCUUAUGCUUUCUUCCAUUGAAGAUAUCACUCCUCUCUUGCGAAUAAUAAUUUCCAUAUUGAAGGUACCAGGGAUUCAACAAUCAAAGGGAAUGCUGGAUCCAUUUUCCAAAGUAUUGAGUUAUGCCAUACAAAAUUCAACAUUGCAGUAUAAUUAUUUAACAGAUCUAUGCUACUUGUGUCACAGAGGAUUUACUCGUGAUCGUGAUAAACACUUUUUUGGAAGAACAAUUGUAUUCGAAUUAAUUCAGGCUAUUAAAUUUAAAAUUACAAUACCGGAUUCAAAUUUUUUGUUACUUCUUCAAUUUGUGCUUCAGGAUAUUGGAGGAUCCUUGCCUAAUACUAUUAUCGCGAUGGAAAAUAAUAUUCAAGCAGAUAUGUCACCAAUCUACAAUACAAACGCGUCUGAAUCUCUAAAAAGUCAGUUAUCAGAUAUCCUUGAAUUUUUAGCUGAUUUUCACACUUUAAGCAAAAUCAAGAGUUAUAGCAAAGGUAUGCAGGCUGGACUGAACGAAGAUACGUUAGGUGGAACAUUAAAGUGUGGUCUUGCUCAAUAUGUGGCUUUAGAAAUUACGAGAGGCAAUAACAGAGAAAACAGAGCUGUCGCGCGUUACUUGCCAUGGUUAUAUACCGCACCAUCUACUAUACAACAAGGUGCUCGUGAAUUCGUCGAUUGUAUCGGCCAUAUUAGACUUUUAUCCUGGUUACUAUUGGGAUCAUUAACACACAUUGCCAUGUUUGCUGGCAACACGAAUACUCAUUCAACGAUACCGUUGGCGCAACCGAUACCUCAAGAAGUAUCUUGCCACAUUGCCGAUCACAUACAAAUGAUUUUCUCAGGAUUUCCCGAACAAUCGAAAACAUCAGUUCUCCACAUGUCGUCGCUCUUUCAUGCGUUUAUUCUUUGUCAACUUUGGACGAUCUAUUUGGAAGAACUGUCAAAGAAUAACGCAUCAAACAGCGAGAGUCACAAUAUCACUAUGAAUAUUUUGUUAGAAUUUUGGGGCAAGAUAACGCCAUGCAUUUUGCAACUCGUUUCUUAUUCGAAAGCCCUAUCUGAAAUGCUCAAUUUGCACUUCUUGAGCUUAUUAGAGGCUUUAUUGGAAUGCGGAUCCAUUCUAUUAAGUAAAUUGCUGCCUUUAUGGAAUGCCAUCUUAUUUUCUCAUCAUGUUCAACUACCUGGUCAUUUACAAGUGCGUUUGCAGAAUUGUCGCGAUUUUCCUCCAAGCAGAAUGGCGGAACAUUUUGUUUCAAACCGAAGAGAAUCGAAUGCAGUACUUUUACGAUGGUUACAUCGAUUACAGUUUAAAAUGGGCCAAAUUGAAAUGCAAUCCUCCACCGCCACGCAAUUCUAUUCCAUUUAA